UAAACCAAUGCUUUAUAUUAGUGAAGAUGGACAUUGUGGAAAUAAAAACAGAGCUGCCGGCAAAUGAAGAGCAAGAUGUUGACGGCACUGAGCCGGGAUUUGUGGAAGUAAAAAACGAGCAAGAUGAUGAGCAGCUUCAACCAGGUGGCGAAGAUGACCAUUGUUUCACAUCAGAGACUGCUGUGGAGACUGUGCUCAAGUCCGAGAUCGACAUUGAGGCGACGCAAUUGGAGGAACUCUACGAGUUUGAACGGCCAAGUGAAUUUGAAGAAGCCUCCAGUUCAGAGAAUUCGAUGAAGCCCGAUGUAGAGACCACGAUCAUUAAGAUACCGAGAAAGCUGUACGAUAUUGAACGACUGCGGAAAUUUGGUGAUGUGCCUUUUGUCAUUAAGCGAAUGGAGCCGCAGGACUUUGCAAUUAGUUAUAGCAAAGCUGUGAGCAGCGUGGAAACUAUCUUGGAGCAGCUGCGUCGCAACAAGGUGCCAACUGGCAUCGGCAUUGCACUUCGCAUUUCUAAUCAUACGCCGUCGUCAUGCAUUUUGAUUCUAGCCAUACUCAAUCACAAAUGCCACUUCUAUAGCAACGACAGAAUGAUCUUGUCAAAGGCCUUACACUCUCAAAUGAGCCGUGCUGGCGUUGAGUACCUAAUUGUCAAUGGUUACAUGCCCGUGGGUGCCGUCUUUUUUGAAUGCCUCGACAGUUUUCUAGUCUACAAUGAAGAGUACAAGCUUUUCAAGAUGAAACGAACCACCAAAGACCCCCCAAUGGAGGCUAAAUCCCCGUUGCCAGCCAACAUGUGCUACACAAUUACAACUACGGGUACCACUGGAGACCCCAAGCUUAUACAUGUACCUUAUGAGUGCAUUGCACCCAAUAUUGUGGCACUUAGUGAAAAGCUGAACAUUUCCAUGGCUGACAUUAUUUAUUUGGGCACUCCCUGCACCUUUGAUCCGUCCAUUGUGGAGUUCUUUCUGGCACUGCAGAAUGGCGCUGCCGUGCUCAUCAGUCACUAUACGAUGCGAGAGUCGCCUAAGCGGGUUCUGGAUGCUCUAUUUCCCACGGGGGUUACGACGCCCGGCAUUACCGUAUUGCAAAUGACACCAUCUUUGUUUCGUCAAUUUGGUGCCAGCUUCAUAAGGGAACGAAUAUUAAACAGUUCAAGCACACUAAGAGUAUUACUUUUGGGCGGUGAACCGUUUCCAUCCAAUGCAGAACUAUCCACUUGGAUGGAUCCACAGGUGCUGCUUUCGAAACAUGUCUGUAAUAUCUACGGUAUCACAGAGAUCUCCUGCUGGAGCCUGAUGCAUGUCCUCAAGUCGCUGCAUUUACGUGUGCCCUUAGGAACCCCCAUUGAUGACCAGACGACGAUCGCCAUUCGAUAUCAAGACAAACAGAAGAUGGGCUGUGGAGAACUCUGGCUGGGAAGUGUGACCCGUCGCUGUUACAUACCACAAAUCGAUGAUGAAGACAAAAAUCAUCCUUCUUCCAUUGUUUAUCGUGCCACAGGAGAUUUAGUAAGACGCUUGAAAGAUGGCUCUACAGUGUACGAAGAACGUGCUAACGAUGUGGUCAAACGAGCGGGAAAUCGAAUCUGUCUGGGUCUUAUCACGCGUAAGAUAGAGAGUUGCUUGCACAGCAGCGAAUUGGCCACAUGUUUGUGGCAGGAUCAGUUGCAGAAGCUCAUCUGUUGCAUUCGUAGCUUUGAGCUAAAGACAAGGGUACAGCAGAGAGCACAGACCUUUGAUAUAUUGUCCAAACUGUCGGAUGCUGAGCAACCUGAUAGAUUUGUAUAUCUACAGCAUUUCCCCUGCGAUGCACACGGCAAACUGGACAAGCAGCUUCUGCUCAAAGAGUGCACGGUGUUGGCUCAACCCGCCCAAGAUAUAUUGAAAAGUUUUCUGCACGAUCGACUCGAGUUUGUGGACACGGUGAAUGAGAAAACGCCGAAAAAGCAGCGGUUGGAGGUUAUUUCAGCAAGUACUCCCCGCGGCUAUGAUCUCAGCUUCCGUCAGGCUGGCGGCACAUCUUUCCAUGCCAUAACCCUGUGUCGUGAAAUUGGCCUCCAGAUGUGCAUCGACGAUGAGCAACGGCAUCUGUUUGAGUUGCUGCUGGACGAGAAUGUGCCACUGCGCGUCGUGCUUAGCUUUCUGGAUUCCUCCAAAUUAGUUACUCAUAAUACAAAACUGAAAUCCAUUGAGCCGCCAUUGGGAGCAACUGUAUCUGAAGCCCCGAGCAGCAGCAGAGCCAGUAGCCUGGUGAUCAAACGCUUGGAACAGCCGGCUACCAACUUUCAGUUCCACUGGAAGGUCAACUUCAGCAAAUGCGUCGAUUCCCCUGUGGCACAAUUCGAGGGUCGCUUCAUUGCCGUGGGCGCCCAUUCAAAGCUCCUGCGCACUCUGGAUGCACUGACGGGUAAAGAACAAAGCACCUUAAGGUUGCCCGAUCGCAUUGAGUGCAAGGUAACAUUUCUCAGCGAAAAGAUGGCCAUGGUGGGCUGCUAUGAUGGUUGCCUCUAUGGUUUCAAUCCCUUGACCGGCAGAAAGAUAUGGAAUAUAAAUAUUGGAGGUAUGAUCAAAGCACAGCCAUUUUUGUCAUCGGAUGGAGAUCGCAUUGUGAUCUGCAGUUAUGCGGAGGACUACAACGUCAUGUGCUUGUCCACGGAACGCCAGCAGGUGCUCUGGUGCAUGCGCAUUGGCGACAAGGCCAUCUUUGCCAGCCCCAUGGAGCUGCCCAGGCAACAGGCAGUCAUUAUAUGUACAUUAGAUGGCGGAUAUACGCGCGUCUCACUCAUUGACGGCUCCGUUCAGUGGGCCAAGAAGUGCUCGCAACCAUUCUUCGCAUCUCCCGUGCUGCUCGAUGCCAACACUUUCGCCUGUGCCGAGGUGAAUGGACAGGUGCAUGCCUGCAAUGUGAACAGCGGACAGAUCCUGAACUCGUACGCCGCAGAGGGCAACAUCUUCUCAUCGCUGGUUGUCAGAUCACCGCCAACCCAUAUGGGACAAACUUUUGUGCUCUUUGGUUGCAUUGAUCAUCACGUUUACUGUCUGCGCUGUAAGACAGCUUAUGGGAAAAGUGCAUCCUUUGAGUUGCACUGGAAGCUGGAUGUGGGCGGUUCGGUCUAUGCCACCCCCACAAUAUUAACAAUCGAGCCUAAUGGAUUUUUGGUAUUUUGCUGCGCCACUGAUGGAAGAAUUGUGGUAGCAAAUCUGACCAAUGGAGAUAUACAAUGGACGGACAAAUUGCCUGGUGAACUGUUUUCCACUCCUUGCUAUAUUGAGAGCCUGAGACGAGUCUAUUUGGGCUGUCGUGAUAACUAUUUGUAUUGCUUGGGCAUCUAGAAUAAACAAAUGCACAAAAAAAA